GUCUUUCAUGUGGAUCCAGGGCUAGACAUGAACUUUUAUGCUCACCAGCCAUUCUGACUAAUGUUUUUGCAAAGUUACAAGCCACUCAGAAACUUUACCAGCCAUCGUUUUGUUGUUGGGAUAUUACAUUCUAUGUGCAGAACCUGCAUGUGUGGGAUGAGACAACACACAUGCUCCAUUUUCCCUAAUCAACCUGAAAGACACUUAAAUGCAUGAUAUUCUCGCUCUGCUCAAGGUGACCCAGCUUCAGGAUGUCCUCUACUCCAGAGCUGUCCUCCCUCCUCUUCGCCACGCUGCCCCCCCUCCCCUCGGCGUCUCCCGGGGAUCAGAACAUCACCUCAUGCCAGGAGUGGGAGCAGACCCAUCAGCUCCUCUUCCAUCUGGGGAACUUGUCGCUGCUGCUGGGCCUGAUCAUCCCCACCACACUGGCCCUGCACAUGAUCCUGCUGCGGCUGCUGCUCAUGACAGGAUGCGGUCUGUUCAUCGCCUGGGCUGCCCUGUACCGCUGUAACCUGGACGUGAUGGUGUGGAACGUGGUGUUUCUGCUCGUUAACUUCAUGCACCUCUUCUUCCUCCUCUACAAACGCAGACCGAUAAAGAUCGACCGGGAGCUGCGGUCAGUCUAUAAGAGGAUGUUCGAGCCCCUCCAUGUGAAAGAGGCUCUGUUCCAGAGACUAACAGGACAGUUCUGCACCAUCCAGACGCUAAAGAAGGGACAGGCGUACGCUGCCGAGGACAAGACGUCUGUGGACGAACGGCUCAGCAUCCUGCUGAAAGGAAAGAUGAAGGUUUCAUACAGAGGUCACUUCCUUCACAACAUCUACACUAACUCCUUCAUCGACUCUCCAGAGUUCAGGUCCACAGAGAUGCACCGAGGAGAGAAGUUCCAGGUGACCAUCAUGGCUGAGGAGAACUGUAAGUUCCUGUGCUGGUCUAGAGAAAGGCUCACCUACUUCCUGGAGUCGGACACGUUCCUGAACGAGGUGUUCAGGUACCUGAUUGGAAAAGACAUCACCAACAAGCUGUACUCUCUGAACGACCCCACGCUCAGCGACAAGGCAGUGAAGAAGAUGGACCGUCAGCCCAGCCUCUGCUCUCAGCUCUCCAUGAUGCAGAUGAGGAACAGCAUGGCGAGCACCAGCGACACCGACGAUGUCCUCAACCAGAUCCUACGAGGAGGGUCAGCUGGCUCAUCACUCCAGAAAUCACCAGGGACUAAAACCUCAGCGAAGAUGAAGCCCAUAGCAGAAGGUAUGGAGGACGAUGUUUUUGAAGAAGCGGCUCCUGCAAGUUCUGGUAACAUGGCGAGCACCUCCAGUGAGGAAGUUUAGAGAGUGGCGGUUAUAAUCCAUUAAUAUGACUGUAUUAUAUACAUGUAUGAGUAUCUGCAUGAAUGGCUGAUGAGAAAGAGCCAAGGCCAGUCAAUAAAUAUGAAUGUAUGUUUAAAAUCUUGUUUUUACGCUGAGAAAUGCAUGCCUGCUGAGAAGUGCAUGCACAUCAGGUAACUUUGGACUGCUUUGAGUUAUGACAGUAUUAUCAGAGCUAAAACUAGUGGGAGGAGUGAAAACUCAAUACAGGUCAUUGACAGGGAUUUAUAUCUGGUUUUAGUCAUUCAGUGGAAAUCCUUGAUGCUUUGUGAGGAUGCGCCUCAGUGAACAUGGUUAGAUAUCUGAUCACUCUGGGAUGUCAUCAUCUGUAGAUGCUGCAUGCUGUGGUACGUAUAGACCGCCAUGUCAGCUGAGUUUGUUGGAAAUCAAAAAUCAUGGCUUUAUUUAUGUCUGUCCAUCCUCACUCAGUGUCUCCUCUGUAAGAUCUGGAUUAUUUAUCAUCAGGGGUGUGACGAGACAUUUAUCUCACGAGAAACAAGACGAGAUGUGAUUUUACACUUUUUUUGAAUUUGGAAAAAAAAAUACACGGGUGAAAAAAAUAUCCUUUAAACAACUGAAACUCAUAAUUGCAACGCAUUCAGGUCUAUUCAAAAAUGUUUGAACUAAGUACUGAGUAGGCUAUCGGUGCUUCCAAACAGUAUGUGUGGUCAAACUCUGACUCAAACUGUACAUUUUCAUGCCCUGCAAAUCAAACCUUUCAUUUUAACAGCCUACAAAAUCGUUAAUUUACCGAUAAUUUGUCCGAUCUGGCGAGGUUGAUUUUUCUGCGAUGAGAAAUCUCGUGGCGUUUUGAUCUUGCGAGGUCUUGUCACACCCCUAUUUAUCAUAGCUCACUAAAAAGAGUUGCCCUCUCUGUUCUGGUCUUUAAAACAACAGUAAAAGUGGAAUACAGGAAACUGGCUCUCAAAUGGGAGCCAGCUCUUAGAACCAGCUGGUCAGUCAUCAUUAGAACACAUACCAACAACAUUUCCCUUAAGCUGACUGCCCUUUGGCGGCACCUUUGGAAAAGUGAGUGUAACUGGGAGGAGGACGGUUUCCCUUGCCAUGUCACCUGCGUUGGUAUUUUGUUGUAAAUCAAAGAGAGUAAGCGAGCCACAGAGACAAUGUUGGACUGUUGUUGGAAUAAAGGAGGUACAGUGAAGAUUGUGAAUGUAGAGUAUGGAUGUACAGACUAAAGAGACGUCACCUGGUGUCUGUACGACCUCCACAGCUCAUUAUUGUCAAAUAUAAACACGUUUUUAGAGGGAUAAAGACACAGAGCGGUUAGUGUUUAAUGAACUUUUUUCACUUCUAAUCAUAGACCUUCCACCAAGCAAAGACUUGGCUUUACUGCUUUUAAAACAUACGUUUUAGUGCAUGCAAAUCUCAGCAGGACUGUGUUUUUCUGCAUAAUGUGCAUCACCUAUAUGGUUAGUCCUGCAGACAGCGUGAACAAUUCGUAAGGCUUUAACUGAAGAACGUAUGACAGCAACAGUAAACUGUUAGAUAUUUAUGUUUUAGUUUGUAGUAGAUGUGAUUUACAAAGCUCUAUGUCUCUUUCUAAAACCAUCACUUGGUGAUUUUGUCCUCGUGUUUGAGGGAUAAAACACAUGUUAUUUUGUUUUUCAUGAUAAAUAGAUGAAUGAAUUUUACUGUUUUCAUCACAAACUCAGAGAUGUCACAACUUUCACACCUGUAUUUAUUAGAGAUGAUUUUAUUGAGUAACAUGUUUUAAUUCAAUGUUUGAAACAGUGCACAUCAUUCAAUAUAGGGAAAGCUUUUCUUCCUAUUUAAUGUUAGAAACAGAAAGUUUGAGGUUAAUUUUAUUUUGUUCUGUCACGUCUGUAAUACUUUUAAUAAAAAAUAUAAGUCACCAA